AAGCAGACCAAGCGAAGAUUCAAUAGUAACGGCUCUCACAUUGAGUCACCUGCUCUUGACAAGACACCUGCAUAUUUACUUUGACAUCAGUUACGUCCAAAGAGCCUCGCAUUCUACAUUCAUCCAACAUCGUCCCGCCCAUUGAGUCUUCCUUGAGCGCCCUUGCGCAAUCAAUCGCAGCAGCGCAUUCUCGAGCGACCUCGGCUCCCGUCAAGUGCCUCUGACUCCAGAUCUCGGGGAACAUCGGACAUCACACACUCCCUGCUCGACUCGCAUUUUGAGUCACCAAACAUACCCUCUUUACACCGCUCGAGUUGUCUUCCUACAGAUACCAGGCCGCAAGGCCUGAACCUUGGUCAUCAUGUCGUGGAAGCCGUCAGAGAAGCUGUUGUCAACCAUCGGUCACUAUGCCAGCUUCCCGCCGACCGGUGUCAGUCUUCGACAGAUGGUGCAGUUUGGGGAAAAGCCCUCGACUGGCACACUGUUCCGAGCCUCUCAAUUCCUUUCCGAAGAGCUCCCCGUGCGUCUUGCACAUCGUGUAGAAGAGUUGGGCAAGCUGCCCGAUGGCCUCAAUGAGAUGACAUCAAUCAAGAAGGUCAGGGACUGGUACGCUCAAUCAUUCGAAGAGAUCACAACCAUGUCCCGACCCGACCUAGAUCCCGACACUCGAAACCGCCUCCUCAACCCUCCUAAAAAGUCCACCACUAGGCUUUCCUCUACAACUCGAAAUCCCAGUCUCAAAGAUGACGAGAAUGGCAAUGGCAAAGCGUCCUUGAACUCGCGGCGGUAUUUCGCUGCGCUUGAUGAUGGCAAGGAGUGGCCCCCAGUCUUGUCUGAAUACAAUCGGAAAUUCGCCCGCACACUCGAGAUCAUUAAGCGAAGACACGAUCCAGUGGUAACCACCGUGGCCCAAGGCAUCAACGAGUGGAAGCGCAAACAACAGCGUAUGCAAAUCGACACCAAUAUACAAUCCUUCCUCGACCGUUUCUACAUGUCUCGUAUCGGUAUUCGUAUGCUCAUUGGGCAACACAUUGCCUUGACUGAGCAACAAAUGCACCGCCACCCCAACUAUGUUGGCAUAAUAUGCACAAAGACGAAUGUCCGAGAGCUUGUGGAAGAGGCGAUCGAGAAUGCCCGCUUUAUCUGUGAGGAUCACUAUGGGCUAUUCGACGCACCAAAAGUCCAGUUGUUUUGCAACCCCAAUCUCAAUUUCAUGUAUGUUCCAGGUCAUCUGUCGCAUAUGCUCUUCGAAACCUUGAAGAACUCUCUACGAGCCGUGGUGGAAACACACGGUGCAGAAAAGGAGGAGUUCCCAGUUACAAAAGUGAUCGUCGCCGAAGGCAAGGAGGACAUCACCAUCAAAAUCAGCGACGAAGGAGGUGGUAUACCGAGAUCCGCCAUCCCGCUCGUUUGGACUUAUAUGUACACUACCGUCGAUUCUACACCAGAGUUGGAUCCGGGAUUUAAUGCUAGUGAUUUCAAGGCGCCAAUGGCUGGGUUUGGAUAUGGGUUACCCAUUUCACGGUUAUAUGCAAGGUACUUUGGAGGAGAUUUGAAACUGAUUUCCAUGGAAGGAUAUGGGACGGAUGUAUAUCUGCAUCUCAACAGGCUUUCCUCGUCUUCGGAACCUCUGCAAUAACAAUCAGCAGUCAUGAGGGAUAGCAGCGGGUCCCAAGGAUUGGCGUUGAACGGAAACAAUACAGCUAGAACUAGCUCUUUACAGGGCAUUAGCAGUGGGCGCUUGGCCGCGUUGCGCUCACGUUCGAAGAAUCGAGAAGUCACGGAACGGAAACAGGUCGGUGAUGCUGAGAGUAUGAUCAAUGAGGAGCCAAAUGUCAUGCAACCUGGAGGCGCUUCUCAGUGGUUGGAAUGAAUAUGUGAUCAAAGAUCAAAAGAGAAAUAAAAUGAAAAAUGGAAAGGGGAAAAGGCACGCGCUGCCUCUUCACUAACAUAUAG